AUGAAUAAUUUUACCAUAACUAAUUUAAAGUCUCCUGAAAAUGAUAAUGAUGCUAUUCACAAGAAAUAUUUAAUGGAUCAAUUAAAUUUAAUUGAAGUAGAUAAAGAACAUUUAAAAGAAAGAAUAGGCGAUGUGAAAAGAUACUUCAAACGACAAAUAAAUAAUAAAGAUUUUAUUGAUGAUACUAAAUUACAACAAGAAGUAACAACAACAAAUUUUAUUGAAGAACAACUUCUAAAUGUAGUAGAUAAAACUCAAUUACAGACUUUAAGUUCAUUAAUAUAUAAUUUAGAUGAUAAGAUUACAAAACAAAAAAUAGAUCUUAAACAACUAAUAACGAAUAUUAAUCCAGGUAUGAAUGAAGAUGAAUUAGCCGCAUUAGAAACUAAACUUAAUGAUAAUAGUGAAAUAGUCGCUAUUCAAAAAGUCAAUUACAAAAUUUAA